GACGCCACUGCCCUCCUCCUCCACAGCAGCCCAGCCCCACGCCAGCAUGUGCCACACCAGCUGCCCUUCAGGCUGUCAGCCGGCCUGCUGCACACCCAGCCCCUGCCAGGCGUCCUGCUGUGUGCCCGUGAGCUGCCAGCCAGCCGUGUGCUCACCUGUGAGCUGCCAGCCAGCCGUGUGCUCACCUGUGAGCUGCCAGCCAGCCGUGUGCUCACCUGUGAGCUGCCAGCCUGCCGUGUGCACACGAGUGAGCUGCAAGCCCUCCGUGUGUGUGGCCUCCUCCUGCCAGUCCUUCGUGAGUGUGCCUGUGAGCUGCCAGCCCUCCUUGUGUGUGGCUCCCUCCUGCCAGUCCAUCGUGCGUGUGCCUGUGAGCUGCAAGCCUGCCGUGCUUGUGUCUGCCCCCUGCCAGUCCUCCGGGUGCUGCCAGCCGUCCUGCCCCACCCUGGUCUGCAGACCCAUCUCCUGCAGCUCCCCUUGCUGCUCAUAACUGCAAGUCCCUUCUCAGCUGCAUCAGUGCAGACGGGUCCACACCUGUAUCCCUCCCAGAAUGAGUCCUCUGUGGGCCUGCAGCUUCUGCACGUGGCAGAUGGAAAGCAUGCUCACCAACCCCUCUGAACUCCGGGGUGAGAAUGUGGCCGGAUGACCUGGAUUCCUCCGUGACCUCCCCAUCCCCUCAGGGAAGCCCUGGCUCCCAGGGUCCUUCUCUGUCUCCAGCAGGAAACCAAACCCCAAGUGAGCGUAAUAAAUUGUAUUUCCAGAUGCA